UUUUCUCUCUUAUUCAAUCUCGCGGUUUCUCACCGCUUUCAGUAUUCAAAAUGUUCAAAAUGCUCCAUGCCGAUUAGUGGGGUGUGAUAUUUGAUUGAGGUUAUAUUGUACAAAGUUCGAUUACUUUCGUCCGAAAAAGAAGGACGAAACCGAACAAGUGAGUAGGAGAAGUUCCGUGCAAUCUAGGAAGAAGAUGUGCUGGAAGACUCACUAACUAUCCAUGUAUGCACAGACAUGAUGAAUUCCAGAACGCUUACAUUAUCCCGAUGAUGGUGAUGGGAUUCGAGAGGUUAGCUGAGCGGGAGACUGUUCCUCGUAGUAUGUUGGACACUUAAGGAUUGAAAUCCAAGUCGAACUCACAGGUUAACAUGAAGCUUCUAUACUGUGGUUACAAUGGAUUUGGGCAGUGUCCCACAACGAGAGCCAGUACUUUGCCCCAGCUAACUGAAUUCCCUGUGACUGGUGUGAAGGAGGUGUCUCUGGCUUGGAGCUGCAUGGUUGUAUUAACAGAUUCUGGGGUCCGUGUGUCUGGGUUUGUUGGAGGUGAGCCACACCAACUGAAGCAGCUCACCCUACCAGAUGCACAGCAACCUCAGCAGCUGUCAUGUUCCCAGCGACAUGUGCUGGUUACAGUGCCAUCUGGUGACUGCUGGAAGUUCUGCAUUAAGAAUAGUUCAUGGAGGAGACUUGACCAUUUCACAAGGGUGGAGAGGGAGCUAAAGCAUGAGGACUCUGGGGCAGACCCAAUUGUGAGGGUGUGUUGUGGUUCCACGUUUGAUGUAGCUUUGUCUGAAUCAGGACGUGCAUUUGUGCUGCCCUCGCCAAUAUACCACCCUGGAGUAAGAGUGACACAAGUGGCUUGUGGCAAUGAACAUUGUCUGCUGCUGACUGAGACAGGACAGGUGUUCAGCUGGGGAAUAGGCAGGUAUGAAGGCCUGUGCUGUUUCAGUCGAGGUCAGCUGGGUCAUGGUGGCCUCGAGAAUGAGCAGGAGAUUGCUCGACAGGUAGAUUCAUUGGCAGGCCUGCAUGUGAUGCUGGUGGCAGCAGGUGGCUGGCAUUCAUCAGCUGUCACAGAGUGCAGUGACCUCUAUACAUGGGGAUGGAACCAGUCAGGACAACUUGGCUUCUGCACUGGCAAGAACACUGUUAGAGCUAAGCAGGAGCAAACAGCAGGUCCCAAAAAGCUAAAAACUGAGUACACGGAUGAUGUCACCAUUCUGAGCACCCCACUGCCUGUCAUCUGGCCACUGGAACAAGAAGUGAAUGUGAAAGAUGUUGGCUGUGGCAGUAGACACACCAUUGCACUUCUGGAUGAUGGUACGGUUUGGGGCUGUGGUUGGAAUGCUUAUGGGCAGCUUGGGAUGUCCCCAGAACGGGUACCGAGUACGUGGAAGAUUACGAGGAUAGAGUUGCCAGAUGGCAAUUCUGGAGUAGUGACAGGCAUUGAAUGUGGGGCCUGGAGCACCGUAGUGUUUCUGGCAUAACACAGAGAACUGAGCCUUUCCAACAGCUCCAGCACUAGCAAGUUUGUGUUUUCCUUCCCAAAUUGUUGAGAAUCCCAAGACAUUCAUUGAAACAGUCUUCACCUUACAAGUCACAACAAUGAAGAAUUGUGUACUAGUAAUUCUUUGCAUGAGUGGACUUAACUGACACUAAAGACAUAUUAUUUAUACCUAUACAGAAAAUAAAUUGCCUUUGGAAAAAGACAGGUGUAAUUUUAUUUGUGCAGUAUAGUGUAAUUAAUGUUGGAUUUUAGGUUUCCAUGGAAGUGACUGUGAGGAGUGCACUCCUAUGGGCUGUAACACCGUGUAGUUCAGAGGAACAUGUCUCCUCCAUCUUCAAGGUUGAAGAGUAAGCCAAGCAAGAAACAAGCAGAAGCAAGCAGCGAGCCAAGCUCUGUCUGAACUAAACUACAUGGUAUUAUUCAAUUAUAUGUACACCGUCAAUAAUGCAACACUGAUAUUUAAAAUAAAUAAAAUAAAAGACACCUAAACCAUGUUCAUUAAAAGUGUAGUUUUUACACUUUGAAAUGUUAUAAAAUGUCAUUAAGAAGACACUACAUGUAUAUCGUUUACACUAAAAGUGGCUGUUAAAUACUUUAGAAUGUCUUAAUUUAUAUCAUAUGUUCUUCUAAUUUGCAACUUGUUUUGGCCACACAUGGGCCAUCAUCAGGCAAACUUUUGAUUGGUGAGGAGACCACUGUACUGUUCACUUAUCUUCCAUGCUCUGCAGCAUGUCUUUUGUUGUUGUUGUGUUACAUAUCUAGACCUCCGUAAUUGUAUUCCUUCUGUGGCUAUCACAGUUUUGUAUGUUGUUUUCUCUUGUAUGUUUGUCUUUAGUGCAUCUUCUUGUAUAUGAGAAACAACAUACAAAACUGUGAUAGCCACAGAAAGAAUACAAUGACGGAGUUCUAGAUAUGUGACACAACAACAAGAAAAAAAUGACGAUGUGCCAAAAAGCACGGAAGACAAGCGAACAGUUCAGUGGUCUACUCACCAAUUAAAAGUUUGCCUGAUUUUGGCCCAUGUGUGGCUGAAACACGUUGCAAAUUAUAAGGACAUAUGAUAUAAAUUAAAGACAUUCUAAAGUAUUUAUAGUCAUUUUUAGUGUAAAGAUAUACAUGUAGUGUCUUAAUGACAUUUUAUAACAUUUAAUAACAUUUCACAGUAUAAAAACUACACUUUUAAUGAAGAACAUGGUUUAGGUGUCUUUUUAUUUUAUUUACUUUAAAUAUCAUUGUUGCAUUAUUGACGGUAUACAUAUAAUUGAAUAAUACCUCAAUGCAACAGGAUGCUGAAAUAUAAUAUAAACUACAGUGUGUUACAACCCAGAAGAUCAUACUGCUCAAUAAAUACAAUGUAAUGUU